ACGGAGAAACUCGGAUUACAACACACACAGAGGAAGAGUGACUUCAUUCUCUGCUCAGGACAGCUGGGUUCAUUUACCCUCAGAUCACUGAGGGCGAACCUCUCCACAACACACACAUUAUCAGGGGGACUGUGAAGCCAACAUGACCAGUGGGCGCUGUGUAUUUGUCCUAUUUUCCCUCCUCCAUGUGUCGCUGAGUGUGAACAUGACGGGGUUAUACGGCAGCUUCACCUCCCCCGACUUCCCCCAGCCAUACCCUGACAACCAGCUCGCGGUGUGGAACAUCACGGUCCCGCAUGGCCACAGGGUCAAACUCUACUUCAGCCACUUCAGCGUGGAACCCUCCCACCAGUGUGAAUAUGACUACAUCCAGGUUUUGGCGGAGGGGAACGAAACCUUGCGGUUCUGCGGUGAGGAAGAGAAGAACUCCGAAACCACCCCGAGGAACACCAUCAUCCUGUCGGCCGGGAAUCUCAUGUCAGUGGUCUUUAGGAGCGACUACUCUAACGAGGGACGAUUCACAGGCUUCCAAGCGUUUUACACCUCAGAAGACAUCAACGAGUGUCUGUCCAAGAGAGAUGGAGAAAGACUGUGUGAUCAUUUUUGCCACAAUUACAUCGGCGGAUAUUACUGCACCUGCAAACAAGGAUACGUUCUCCAUGACAACAACAGAUCCUGCACAGUGCCAUGCCUCAGCCAGGUGUUGACCUCGCUGUCGGGGGUUCUGACUAGUCCGGGCCACCCGAGCCCGUACCCACCCAUGAGUCACUGUGACCACACCAUCCGUCUGCCGGAGGGCUACAGGAUAAUCCUGGACUUCCUGGAACCCUUCGACAUAGAGAAACACUUGGAGGCCCCGUGUCCGUACGACAUGUUGAAGAUUUCAACAGCUGGACAAGAGUAUGGACCCUUCUGUGGAUCAGCGCCACCGGGUCGCAUCGACACUGGAAGUUACGAAGUGCAUGUUGCGUUCAGAUCCGACCCCAGUGGGAAAAACAAGGGAUGGAAGAUCAAGUACACCAGUAUCAAAGCUGGAUCUUGAUGGCUUGUUGACAUGAACAUGGUUCUGUCCUUUGUAGCAUGCUAGUGCUACAAAAAUACUUAAAUUUCAAGGAUUUAAUUGAAUCCUCUUAUUUCUAAUUUAAUUGUCAUUGUUUUAUGUUUCCGUCUGGUGAGAUGCUGCUAUAUAAUCUCACCAGCACAAUCAUUUUUUUAACCACUUUUGUAUUCGGCGUUUCAUUGUUUUGUUACUUGAGCGAAUAAAGGAAGACUCAAAAGACACUUUGACUUGAAAAAAGUUAAUUAAAAUACUGCAAAUGCAACCUGAAGCCA